GGCAGCUCGUGCACCACAGAUCCCAAACCCACAUCGAUUUUUGAUCAGAUAAUUAUAUCACAUCAAUCUAGGGGUAGGAGUUUCUAUUCUUAGUUGUUAAUUUUCUGUUAUUUUCAGGGCCACUUAAAUUCGUAAAGGAAUCAGCUUUAUGAAAAGAUACAGAUUUUGAGGGUCUGGAGAUGGAGAAGUUUGCGGUGGAGUGAGGGAAGUUAAGAAAAAGGGGUGAUUAGGGUUCAAAAAGUCCAUUUCUAAACUGGGUUUCUCUCGAAAAAUAUGCUUAAGCUUUGUUUGAUGGCUUCUUAUGGGUACCCUCCUCAUCAAGAGCAGGGAUUCACCAGGACAAUCAAGGAAUUUCCCCCUUCUUUUCAGGAAGCAAGGCAAGGCCUAAUACAAUCUGGUGUCUGCAAUCUGAGGCCAAAUGAAUACCAAGAUCCAUGGAAACCAAUUGCCAUGUCUAACCAGCUUCAAAAGUUUGCGUCAUCCGUUGGGAAGCCCCUGGUUAUUGACAUGCAAGAGACUUGCUCUCACUCAGUACUCUUUAGCUCCGGGAUAGCUGAAAAAUGUGCAAGACAUGAAAAAAUUGUAAGGUUUCUUACAUCUGGAUUGAGUGAAGGGGAGAAGGGUGGAUUAGAUUUAUCCUCAUUAUCCAACUUGAUGGAGCUUCAUCCAAGUCUUCAACCAUUGUUGCUUGAUGUGCAUCAGCCAGAACUUGCUUCAUCUCUAAUUUACCCCAGUGUCAGAGUUGAUAAUGACAAGCUUUUGCUGGACUUUAUUGGGGAUAUGGUUUGUAAGUCAAAACUUACUGUUAGUCCAGAUGGUCGAGUUCUGGUCACAGGCUGUGGGACUGAGAUGAAAGAUAUCCUUUCAAUAGUAGGUGAAUUUUACUUGUCAAAAAACUCAAGCAUGUCAAGCAAGCAGCCUAUGCUGGUCCCAUAUUUUGAUAGGCCUAAAAGCCGCAAAGCACGGGCUGCUCUCAGCUUGUCUUCUCAAAAGUUGGAUACUGUGACUGUCGCACCAACAAAGAGUCCUGAAAAAACUAAGAUGAAGCCAUCAGCAAAGAAGAAAACCUCUAAGAAGGUUGGAAAAGAGAGGGAUCUCUACAAAAAGAACUUCUCCCAUGCAUGUGAGAGUUUACUUUCCUUAAUGAUGAACAAGAGACUGGAUGGAAAAAUGGCACUUCUCUCUAUCAGGAAAUCUGGUGGGGAACUCCCUGAGCUCCUGAACCAGUUCUCUGCUUGCAUUGCUGGGACAGGGCUAGCUGUUCUUUUCUCCAUCAUUUGUAAAGUAGCUUGUGGGAGGGUGUCCAUCUGUUCAUCUAAACUUUUUAGCACUGCACUUGGCUUUGGGCUGGUUUGGCUCUCUUGGGCAGUUAAUAGACUGAGGGAUACUGUUGUGUGCAUCAGCAAAAAUGCAGGCAAAUGAGUGUUGAGUCUCGCAUGCAAGAGGAUUUUAUUACUCUUAAUAAUUAAUAACAAGGAUG